GGGCCGCGUCAGCGGGGACGGGGGGACGGGGGUGGGAUUGGAACUGGGAAUGGGGCUGGGGGACUGGAACCGGGAUUGGAACCGGGAAUGGGGACUGGGAUUGGAACCGGGAAUGGAACCGGGAAUGGGGAUUGGAACCGGGAAUGGGGAUUGGAACUGGGAAUGGGGAUUGGGAUUGGAACCGGGAAUGGGGAUUGGGAUUGGAACUGGGAAUGGGGCUGGGGGACUGGAACCAGGAUUGGAACCGGGAAUGGGGACUGGGAUUGGAACCGGGAAUGGGGAUUGGAACAGGGAAUGGGGAUUGGGAUUGGAACAGGGAAUGGGGAUUGGAACCGGGAAUGGGGAUUGGGAUUGGAACUGGGAAUGGGGAUUGGGAUUGGAACAGGGAAUGGGGAUUGGAACCGGGAAUGGGGAUUGGGAUUGGAACUGGGAAUGGGGAUUGGAACCGGGAAUGGGGAUUGGAACAGGGAAUGGGGAUUGGAACAGGGAAUGGGGAUUGGAACUGGGAAUGGGGAUUGGAACUGGGAAUGGGGAUUGGAACUGGGAAUGGGGAUUGGAACUGGGAAUGGGGCUGGGGCACUGGAACCAGGAUUGGAACUGGGAAUGGGGAUUGGAACCAAGAACGGGGACUGGAACCAGGAAUGGGGCUCAGGGAUUGGGGCUGGGAAUGGGGCUGAGGGAUUGGAACCGGGAUUGGAACCGGGAAUGGGGCUUGGGACUGGGGCUGGGAAUGGGGCUGGGGGAUUGGAACUGGGAUUGGGGCUGGGGAGUUUGAACUGGGAAUGGGGCUGGGGGAAUUGGAAUCGGGAUUGGAACUGGGAAUGGGGCUGGGGAAUUGAGGCUGGGGGAUUGGAACCAGGAUUGGACCCGGGACCGGGGCACCAGGGCACCAGAAAUGGGGGUGCAGGAUUGGCACCUGGGUGUGGGGAUUUGGGAAUUGGCACCCAGGUUUGGGAAUUGGCACCCAGGUUUGGGAUUGCACUCAGGUCUGGAUUUGCACCCAGAUUUGGGGACUGGCACCCCGGAUUUGGGGAUUUGCACCCAGAUUUGGGAUUUGUGCCAGUGCUCCGGUGCCUCCCGAUCCUCACAGCCCAGAGCACCGGAGGGAGCUGAGCAGGGAAAAUCCACAGCCCUGAGCUGCUGGAGAGCCCAAAGCCCUGGAGAGGGAAAAUCCAAACCCCUGGAAAGGGAAAAUCCAAACCCCUGGAAAGUGAAAAUCCAAACAUUUCCAGUGAGAAGAACCCAAACCCUGGAGUGGGGAAAUCCAAACUCUUGGAGAGGGAAGGAUCCAAACUGUUGGAGUGGGAAAAAUCCAAAACCUUGGAGAGAGAAGGAUCCAGACCCUUGGAAUGGGAAAAUCCAAACAUUUUCAGUGAGAAGGAUCCAAACCCUUGGAGUAGAAAGAAUCCAAACUCUGGAGUGGGAAAAUCCAAACCCUUGGAGAGGGAAAAGCCAAACUCCUGGGGAGGGAAAAACCCAACGCAGCUGGAGGAGGCCGACACCGUUAAAUUCCCAAAACCCCAUCCAGCCCUUCCUGCCCCCCCAAAUCCAGGUGUGGCCAGGCCAGGAUCUCCCAUCCCGCUGGAUCCCCAUGGAAAGCAGCUCUGAUCCUGCUGGAUCCCCAUGGAAAGCAGCUCUGAUCCUGCUGGAUCCCCAUGGAAAGCAGCUCUGAUCCCACUGGAUCCCCAUGGAAAGCAGCUCUGAUCCUGCUGGAUCCCCAUGGAAAGAAGCUCUGAUCCCACUGGAUCUCCAAGAAAAUCAGUUCCCAUCCUUCUGGAUCUCCAUGGAAAGAAGCUCUGAUCCCACUGGAUCUCCAUGGAAAGCAGCUCCGAUCCUGCUGGAUCUCCAAGGAAAGCAGCUCUGAUCCCACUGGAUCUCCAUGGAAAGCAGCUCUGAUCCCACUGGAUCUCCAAGAAAAUCAGUUCCCAUCCUUCUGGAUCCCCAUGGAAAGCAGCUCUGAUCCUGCUGGAUCUCCAAGGAAAGCAGCUCUGAUCCUUCUGGAUCCCCAUGGAAAGCAGCUCUGAUCCCACUGGAUCUCCAUGGCAAGCAGCUCUGAUCCCACUGGAUCUCCAAGGAAAGCAGCUCUGAUCCUUCUGGAUCUCCAUGGAAAGCAGCUCUGAUCCCGCUGGAUCCCCAUGGAAAGCAGCUCCCAUCCCACUGGAUCUCCAUGGAAAGCAGCUCUGAUCCCGCUGGAUCUCCAAGAAAAUCAGUUCCCAUCCUGCUGGAUCUCCACAGAAAGCAGCUCUGAUCCCACUGGAUCUCCAUGGAAAGCAGCUCUGAUCCCACUGGAUCUCCAAGGAAAGCAGCUCUGAUCCCACUGGAUCUCCAAGGAAAGCAGCUCUGAUCCCACUGGAUCUCCAUGGAAAACAGCUCUGAUCCUGCUGGAUCACCAUGGAAAGCAGCUCCCAUCCUUCUGGAUCACCAUGGAAAACACUUCCCAUCCCGCUGGACACUCCGGGAUCAGCUCCGGGAUCAGCUCCGGGAUCAGCUCCGGGAUCAGCUCCGGGCCUCGGCUCCUCCUGCUGCGCUCUCUUCAUUCAUCAAAGGCACCACUGGAGCUCCAAAGUGACACUGGAAUGUGACAAUUCCUCCCCAAAACUCCUGUGGGAUGCCCGGGAAAUCUGCCCCCCGAGGAUUUCAGGCAGCUCUUCCUGGAAUUCCAUCAAGAAAUCCGUGUCCAGGGUGGAAAUUCCGGCUGGAAAUCCUGGAGUGUGAGGAAACCAAACCAUCUUCACCUCGGAGGGCACAGGGAGGAACUUCUGGGGAUGUUUUUGGGAUGUUUGGGGUUUUUUGGGAUAUCUCCACGUCCCAGCCCAUGGAUUCCCAGCCCUUCCCCA